CCCUAACACAACACGGGUACUGUGCUGGAUCAUGACGGGUCCCAAGAACUUGGAAUCUCGCACCAAGCACAUCCGGGAAACAUGGGCCAAGCGCUGCAACAAGGUGCUGUACAUGAGCUCUGUGAAGACUGACUUCCCCACUGUGGCGCUGAACGUGAGCGAGGGGAGGGACAAUCUGUACUGGAAGACCAUCAGAGCCUUUCAGUACGUCCACCAGCACCACCUGGACCACGCAGACUGGUUCCUGAAGGCGGACGAUGACACCUUUGUGGUCAUGGAGAAUCUACGCUACAUGUUGUCCAAGUAUGAUCCAGAAAAGCCGUUAUACCUGGGCAGGAGGUUUACCCCCUUCAUCAGGCAGGGCUACAUGAGUGGGGGAGCAGGGUAUGUCCUCAGUAAGGAGGCACUCAGGAGAUUUGUCACAGGGUUUAACACUGGGGCAUGUACCCACUUCUCCAACAUCGAGGACAUGGCUCUGGGAAAAUGUAUGGAGACGAUGGAGGUGAAGCCCGCUGACUCCAGAGACGUGAUGGGGAGACAAACAUUCCAUCCUUAUCCUCCAGACCGGUACCUGGUCAGAAGGCCCCCGAGACCACGGCCUUGGUAUCGGAUUUACGACCAUUAUACUCCAGUAGAGGGUCCAGGCUGCUGCUCAGAUUUGGUUGUGUCCUUUCACUACAUUUACGCCGUCCAGCUGUACGUUUUGGAGUACCUGACGUACCACCUGCGGCCAUAUGGAUACAAAUACAGAUUUAAUCCGGAUAGUGAAGAAUUUCACACAACUGUGUCUACAUAAAAUG